AUGACCACGAGAGGGCGCAAUACUACGAUAUCGCAACUCACACUGCCAGGGGUGAACAUAACAGACAUCUUGGGUCGCCGACCACGCCUACCCGGCAAUUCUGUACCGUCCGAAAGAGACAUUCUCGGCUUGGUCGCCGUCCUUGAUCGCUCCACACAGCAGGUGUUACCGAGUGGGUGUGGACACUGCAAGAAGGCCAAGCCGGAAUUCACGGCCGCGGCUGACCAGCUUAAAGACGAACUGAAGGUUGCCUACAUUGCCGUUGAUUGCACCGACGACAAGAGCAAGGAAAUGUGCUCGACUUAUGGUGUAACGGGCUACCCAAUGUUGAAGUACUUUGUGUACGGCAAAGACCCUGUGCCUUAUAGUGGAGGGAGAGAGGAGAUUGACUUUGUGCGCUUCAUGAUGUUGCUGGUGAACCCCGACGCGGCGCCCCCUCUUCCCGAGCCGGUAGUGGAGGACUUCUUUGCAGAGCUGGACGGAGGGGAGAACGUCUUACAACUCACCGACAGCACCUUUGAUGAUGUCAUCAAUAAGGAAGAAUCAGUCUUGGUCAUGUUCUAUGCUCCUUGGUGUGGUCACUGCAAGAUGAUGAAGCCUGCCUUCUCGGAGGCUGCAACUCUCCUCAAGGAGGCAGAAACACCAGGCGUGCUUGCCGCAGUUGACGCAACUGCCAACAAGGCCCUGGCGGCUAAAUACGAGAUCCGAGGUUACCCACUAUUAAAAUAUUUUAAAAAUGGAGAAGCAAAUGAUUACGUGUCGGGACGGUCUACAGAAAACAUUGUGGACUUUAUGAACAAUCCAAGUGAAGCGGCCACGCCAAUCCCCCCUACUCCGGAACCCAAGUGGAGCGACGUGCCCAGCGCCGUCAACCAUCUCACUCAGGCAAACUUCAAGUCGUUUACGGAGACCAACCGGUACGUCUUGACGAUGUUCUACGCUCCGUGGUGCGGUCACUGCAAGGCCGCAAAGCCGGCGUUCCAGGACGCGGCCGAGGUUCUCAAAGACGAGGAAGGGAUGGAGCUGGCUGCUGUGGACUGUACUGUGGAAAGAGAUCUGUGCAGCGACUUCGAAGUCCAAGGGUUCCCUACUUUCAAACUUUUUACGGAGGGCUCCCCCACGGAAUACCAGGGCGGCCGGACGAAAAGCGAUUUUUACAACUUUAUGCAAAGCCUGAAAAGCGGAGCCGGGGACCAGCCAAAAGAAGAGCUCUGAUGACAGCUACCGGGCAAAGUGGUGUUCGUAGCAACCAUUUCGGUUUAUCAUUUUAUAUUAUUACAUACACGGUUUGGAGGUGGAGGGAAUUCUUUUUAUACCCAUUUACCCCCCCCAAAAUUUAACCUGUGACUUGACAUUCAUCCUGAAGAAUAGCGACCUUGGGGUCAACAUGAGGUCAUGAGGAAUUGGGGUCACGACCUUUGCUCUUUCAUAUUUUAUUAUUUUUGUGAAAUGCGCCAUAUUUUGUAAAUCUGUAGUGUAAUGGCUUUAACAAUGUGUUUAAUUUUCUUAACAUUUCUAAACUCACAAACGUUUUUUGGGGUUUAAAACAGAUGGAGUCAAAACAAUACUACACAAUAUAAAAUACAUCCUUUCAGCAUCAUCAGCAUAAUAGGUCAACCAUCAAUUGUGAGGUGUUCUUGCAAAAUGAGACGCCGAAACAGGGCACAGGUUGUAGUUGAGCAUUGUUUUUAACGAUUUUCAUGUUUGUUGAUACAUGCACUUUAAAGAAAUAGAAUAAAAUCGUGAAAUGAAAGCGUUUUUAAGGAAAAAAACAAUUGGCAUCUUUCUUAUUCACAUCUACAAAACAGUUGGAACUUUAAAGGUAUUUUUCUCAGCAUUUCACUGCCAAUAAUUCAACUGUUUUCAAGAAAUAAUUCAAUAAGUAAAACAUUGGUGGAUAUUUUUAUUGGAUGUCUCAUUUCAAAAGAAAGAGCAAAUCCAUUUUUCGGGGUGAAAGUUUCGAAAUAGCACGGGGACUGAAUCUUUUAAUUAUAUCUUAGAUUUUUUAUUCAUUCAAUUAUGCUCUGAAUUUGUCAUCUGGGAUAUUUUCUUUCAUUUAGACAAUUUAUUGGGGAAGAAAAACAAUUUAAGGUGUUUUGAAAUAAUGUAAGUUUUACUUUUUUGGGGUUUAUUUUUGAGGAAUCCUAAGUUUUCUCAGUUGUAGGUACAGGUACUUAAGUUUAUUUUGUUGCGCAGGUAAUUGUGUGAAUUUCUUUAACUUUGUAUACGUGUAUAUGGGUUGAUUUCUUAUAUUUCAGCUUGCGAUUUUGAAGUCUUCCUAUUUUCACCAUCAUUUAAGCUAUGAUUGGUUUCAUUUUUGGGUCUUUGGGCAUUUUGAAAAUUAUUUCCAGAGCAUCAUUUUUGACAUUAAUCUCCUAAAUAAAUCUUAGUAGAUACAGUUGGUAUUCGAAUCUUCUGUAUCACCACCAAAUUUUGUUUCAUUACUUGGGAUAGGCCUACUAAGGGUUCAGAAUUUCCAUUUCGUGAAGUAAUAAUUUAACGCUUUAAAUAACCGUCUCCAGCAGUGAAACCUUGGGGGGGGGGGGGGGGGAGGGGGGUCAGUGUACUUCAUAUGGCUUAAUGUUUUGUUCAACAGUAUACAAUUUUGAGCAAUACUAAUAUUCAUCCAUCUUUAGCUACUCGAAUCAUGUUUUCAACAUUUCAGGAUUAUUUCAUCAUGUUAAUUAAGAAAACAGCAAUAACUUGGGCAUUUUGCCUGUAGAACUGGCUCUUUGUAAUAAAUAAAACUUGGCCUUUGUUUUUGUGAUCGGGCGCGACACUA